AUGGCUCCCCACCGCCGUGAAGACGAGGUUCUCUCUAUCUUUCGGAAGCAGUUGUUCGAUGAGGAUAUCCUGCAUGAGGGAGACUCGGUUGGCACGGACGAUGAGACGCUUCUGAGAUUUCUGCGGGCCAGAAAAUUCAACUUGAAACAUGCGAAACAGAUGUUUCGCGACUGUCAGGAGUGGAGGGCUUCGGUAGAAGGCGUGGGCAUCGAUGGACUGUACGAGACGAUCGAUCCGUUCGAUUAUCCCGAACGCCGGGCCGUGUUUGAUUGCUGGCCCUUAUGGUUUCACAAGAAAGGUCGUCCGAUAAACAUCCACUUCUUUGGAAACCUUGAUAUACCUAAACUGUAUAAGCAAUGUACGCCGGAAAAACACUGGCAGACUGUACUCGUCAACUGCGAGUCUUUGACGCGAGAAGUUAUCCCUGCGGCCUCUAGGGCAGCCGGAAUGCCCAUAGGCACAGUCUUAGUGAUCGUCGAUCUCAAAGGCUUUGGAUUAAGUCAAUUCUGGCAAAUGAAGUCUCUCGCUCGGAGUUCUUUCCAAGUUUCUCAAGAUUACUAUCCCGAAACGAUGGGUCAGCUCGCAAUUAUAAACGCUCCAUCAUCUUUUACCUUCAUUUGGUCCGUGAUAAAACCGUGGUUAUCGAAAGAGACUUGUGAAAAGGUCGACAUCCUCGGAAGUGACUACCGAGAGGUCCUUUUAGAUUUGAUUGACGCUGACGCGCUACCCAGCGUAUUGGGGGGCGAUUGUCGGUGUGAGGAGGCAGGGGGGUGCCAUCUAAGUGGCGCUGGUCCCUGGUUAGAAGGUCGGAAAGGUUGGGGUCCCAAGGCUCAGGCUGACGAUGACGAUAGUUCGACAGACAUUGGUACCCCCAUCAGUAAGAAAUCUUUGGAAUCUUAA